AUGAUGUUUGGGGGUAAAUCCGAUCGAGUAGAUGUGACAAUCCGUAUUAUAACAAAUAUAAAUGACUUUGGUGGAAGUAGAGUGGAUGGUUUAGACAUCUGUACUAAGGGUACUAUUAAUGUCCCAAACUCGAUUCUUAAUGGUGUAACUAAGGAAGCAUCAACGUGUAGUGAAAAUGAGUCGACAUAUGGGAUGAGGGUAUUAAAGGUCAAAUCCAUGGGUUCCAUGGGUUUGAGAGUUGUUCUACCUUGUUUGUUGGUUUCUUAUCUCUUUCUAUAUUACAAUGGGGUUGAAGGAUAUAAGAAAUUAUCGAAAGAAGAAGAUUUGGAAUUAGAGAAAGAACUUAAGCGCUUGAAUAAGCCAGCAGUGAAGACUAUUAAGACAAAAUAUGGAGAUAUAUAUGAUUGUGUGGACUUCUACAAGCAACCUGCAUUUGAUCAUCCUUUAUUGAAGAAUCAUAAUUUUCAUCCCCAGAUGAGGCCAACAUCACCUCCUAGAAGAGUGAGCCCAGAGAAAGAGGUGCCAAAACCUGAUUAUAAACCCGUGAAAUUGGGGUUGGAGGGUGGAGGAUGUCCGAUGGGAACAUUUGUUGUGGCUCAAACUACCGCAAAUAUCGAUUAUGAUGGUGUUGGAGUGAUGCUUAGCGUAUGGAAUCUUCUGGCUCAAGCUCCUCAAUACAAUUCAAAGAUUAAAAAUGGUGCUGAAAGCUUAGAAGCUGGGUGGACGGCUGGUCAAGCACAUUGUUUCAACACACAAUGUGGAUAUAUACAAGCUUCAAUAGAUAUACCUGUGUACAUGGUUCUCGAACCGGUUUCAACAUAUGGUGAACUACCAUACGUAAUAACCUUAUCAAUUUACCAGGACACGAUUAAUCUGGGCUGGUAUCUUUAUUACGAUGACAAUCGUACCGAGGUAGGGUGGUGGCCAAGUCAAAUAUUCACCAAUUUAGGAAGCACGGCUACGGGAGCAGAAUGGGGAGGAGAGGUAUUCAGCCCACCGAAUGUCCCAAGUCCAGGAAUGGGUUCCGGUCAUCGGAUAAAGUUGGACACCAAUUAUGAUGCAUUUUGCGCACAAGCCAAUAUUGUAGUAAAUAAUACGAUUAUAAAACCUCCUAGGGACCUAGAGCAGUUUGCUGAUAAUUUUAAUUUCGAUAUAACCAAUAAAGGAGAUGUUGGAGGUGAACCUGGUUAUCUGAUCCUUUAUGGGGGUGUUUCUGGUGCAAUUGGAAAUUGA